AUGCGCUACGCGAUUUGUCAUUGGUCGAUUGUGCGUUGUAGGCAGGACCAACGCUACACAGAGACUGAGCAGCACCCGGCUCCACCAAGCUUUGAGUUGGCACCCAAGAACACUACUGCUAUCGAGGGCUCUCCAGUGCGUCUUCUAGUCAAGGCCGGUGGAUACCCACACCCACGUGUCCAGUGGCUGAUCAACGGCGAUGUUCUGCCCACCAGCGGUGGAAGUGGAGCUUGGCGCAUCUACAAUGACGGCGGCAUUAGUUACCUGGAGUUUAAUCGCUGUGGUCCGCCUGGGGAGUACACAGUGACCGCAGUCGCAAAGAACAAUUUGGGCGAGGCCGCAUCAGAGUGCUCCCUCGUCAUUGACCCGCAACCCGACUACCGACCCGACCUCAAACACGUCGCGCCUGGUCGAAUGUAUGGUGAAUUAUUAGCUUGUACUAAUGAUUCACCAAAGGACAAGCGUUGUAGGAUGGUAGAGGUGGCCCUCCUCAAGGAACCGCAAAAUCCGUUUAGACGUAUGGCGAGCCUUAAGCGCGUGGAACGCAGUGAGGAGUUGAGGAAUGCUUUCGAGAAAACCAAACCAAAGGUUCUUGAGCUGCGCAAGCUUGAACGAAGAAUUAGCCAAACGGAGGGCCUGAACGACACAGAGCUGAUGUACGCUCAAGUGCAGGCCUCGCUGCGCUCUAACCGUCGCUCUUUCCAAGGCGACCCGAUGCGAACCAGCCAGCCGAUCUCGGCUCCAGCUCCGGUAGCGCCACGACCACAGGCGCAAGUGCAAUAUCAACAACAAGCACCGAUACCGAAACCACAACCACCGCAGCCGCAGCCACAGCAACCACCAAUAAAUCAAACUGUGGUUCGGCAACCGUCAGCACCACAGAUGCAUGCACAGGCGCCGCCACCGCCACCACCACCGCCUCCGCCCCCUCAAUCACCAACACAAUUGCAACAGCAACAAUCACCAGUGCCACCUGAACCUGUGAAGCCGCAAUAUGAUCUCGGGAAUGCAGAGAUGGUUCAGCCAAAUGGGCAAUAUAGCGUGACGGAGACAAGUGCUGAAUUCCAGAUCGAGUUCCAGUGCCCUUUCAUUGCCUACCUCCUUCUUCUUCAUCUGCGUGAAACCCGUCGUCAAAGUAGACGCUUCCUUCUUCCACUCCACCUCCGCCGCUCUAGAAAAUGGAUUUUCGCCUAUGCACCUACUGAACUUAGCUUCAUUUCGCUUUGA